CCCAGAGCUGUCCUGUGGCCUCUCCAGCUCAUCAUGGCUCGGGCACUGGGAACGCCAGUUGUACUGUGGUUGUUGGGCUUGUGCUGGUCUCUGGCUAACGCCCAUCCUCUUUCUCUGGCUAAUGCCCCUAGGCAUGAAGCUGAAGGUGGGAAUGCAACCAAGUUGGACCCAGAUGUGAUGGAACGCUGCUCGGAUGGCUGGGGCUUUGAUGCUACCACCCUGGAUGAGCAUGGGACUAUGCUGUUUUUUAAAGGGGAGUUCGUGUGGAAGGGUCACAAUUGGACUCAAGAGUUAAUCUCCGAGAGGUGGAAGGAUGUCCCCGGCCCUGUGGAUGCUGCAUUCCGCCAUGGUCAUGACAGAGUCUUUCUGAUCAAGGGGGACAGAGUCUGGGAAUACCCUCCUGAGAAGGAGAGCAAAUAUCCAAAGUUGCUCCAAGAGGAGUUUCCUGGAAUCCCAUCCCCAGUGGAUGCAGCUGUGGAAUGUCACCAUGAAGAAUGCCUACAUGAGGGUGUCCUCUUCUUCCAAGGCAACCACAUGAGGUUCUGGGACUUCACUACAAAAACCGUAAAGAAACGUUCCUGGCAGGCUGUUGGCAACUGCUCUUCUGCCAUGCGAUGGCUCAGCCACUACUACUGCUUCUGGGGUAACCAAUUCCUGCGCUUCAACCCUGUCACGGGAGAUAUGUAUCCUAAAUACCCUCUGGAUGUCCGAGACUACUUUAUGCCCUGCCCUGGCAGAGGCCAUGCACACAGGAAUGUGACCCACCAUAGGGAUAAACGCUGUAGCCCAGAUCUAGUCUUGUCUGCACUGCUGUCUGACAAACAUGGUGCCACCUAUGCCUUCAGUGGAUCCCACUACUGGCGUCUGGACACCAGCCGGGACGGGUGGCAUAGCUGGCCCAUCGAGCAUCUGUGGCCCCAUGGUCCUUCAACAGUGGAUACUGCCUUUUCCUGGGAUGAUAAGCUCUAUCUGAUCCAGGGCACCGAGGUAUAUAUCUUCCUGACAAAGGGAGGCUAUACCCUAGUAGAUGGUUAUCCAAAGGGGCUGGAGAAGGAAUUCGGGAGCCCUCAUGGGAUCAACCUUGAUACUGUGGAUGCAGCCUUUACCUGUCCUGGGUCUUCUCUGCUCCACGUCAUGGCAGGACGGCAGCUGUGGUGGCUGGACCUGAAGUUAGGAGCUCAAGCCACGUGGACAGAGCUUCCUUGGCCCCAUGAAAAGGUUGACGCGGCCCUGUGUACGGAAAAGUCUCUGGGCCCCAACUCGUGUUCUGCCAAUGGUCUCGGCUUGUACCUCGUCCAAGGCCCCAAUUUGUACUGCUACAGAGACGUGGAGGAAUUGAAUGUGACCGAGGCCCUUCCCCAGCCCCAGAAAGUAAACAGCCUCCUGGGCUGCCCUCACUGACAGCACUGCUGAUGUGAGUCUGGCCCAGCUCCUUCUCCUGGUUUUCCUUACAAUAAAGCCAGAGUGCUUCCUCGCUUGAAUCAAAGGGCC